CCCAACUUCGUCUUUUCUCUUUCGUCUUCCCAUCCUCAUCCUCACCAUCCUCUUCUCCAUCAAACUCGCUCCUCAUUCUAUGCAUCAUCCGCAAGAGAAUGAACCCGAUCUCAUCAUUCAUACCACGCAUCCCUAAACCUCAUUCGCUCCAACCUUCCCUAGCCCAAACACGCAAACAAAUAUAAAUAAAAAAAAUCUCUAUUCAAUGCUGAGAACGGAACGAAGGAAGGCAUCCGCCAGCAACUCCAGCAUCGUCAGUACGGCUGGCUCUGGAUCUUUGUCUGCGAGCUCUGUUCUGCGACGCAAGCGCAAAGAGACAGAAUGCCUGCUUAAGCUUGAACGCGUCCUAGGACUGACCUCAAACAAACCCAUGAUCCUCUCCGUCAAUCCGACUCAUGAUCUGGUGGCCUAUGCAGCAGGCUGCGUAGUUGUUCUCUACAACCACAAGCGCGACAAGCAGAUCGGACUCCUGUGCACUUCCACCCUCAAAAAGUCGACCGCUAGUGAUCCAGGAGCUGCUUCAGCUACAGGAACAGCUAGUGUCAGGGGAGUGGCGGCGCAUAGUGGAUCUCCCAGGUCAAUGAACAACAUUCAAUGGAUGAAUAGCGGUAUGUCGGGCGCCAAUAUCAAUCCACUGGCGGGUUUGAUGCCCAUGGCCAUGUCAGACAGCUCGGUGGCGUCCAGCUUUGGGACUUCGAACCCGACCAGCAAUAAGAACGUUAAGCCAAAGCCCAUUUCCUGUCUCUCGUUUUCCCCUGAUGGGCAAUUCCUGGCCAUCGGAGAGACUGGACAUCAACCGCGGAUACUCAUCUGGGAAGUAGCAUCCCAAAUGCUAGUAGGAGAGAUCCAAGGACACAAGUUCGGCGUGCAGGCUGUCCAUUUUUCUCCAAACUCUAAAUUUCUAGUGUCCCUUGGGUUUCAGCAUGAUGGAUACAUUCAUGUCUGGAAUUGGAGGACUGGCGCGCAGAUCGCGAGUAAUAAAGUCACUACAAAGGUCAAUGCUCUUGCCUUCUCUUCGGACGGCUCCUUCUUUGUCACCGCUGGUUUGAGGCACAUCAAAUUCUGGUAUUUGAACGUCGGACCAAACAAAGGGUCGCUCAACACUCAGGUCCUGGAUGGUCGUUCAGGAAUUCUAGGAGAGCUACGCAACAGCAACUACGUGGAUGCGGUGUGCAGCAAGGACGGGAAGUCCACAUAUGUUGUCGCCUCUAAUGGCAUUCUCUGUCUCUUUAACGAGGGGCGUGCCAUAGAAAAGUGGAUCGACCUUCAUGUCCGUGGGGCAUACUCCGUCAACCUGGGCGAGGGGUGCAUCAUUUGUGCAUGUACAGAUGGAUUCAUCAGGUUAUUUGAGCCCGAAACAUUGGAGUACAUCGGGACCAUGCCUAAGCCGAUGGCAGUUGGCGCCUUUACUGGGACGAUGCAAACGGCUAGACAGGAGGAAGAUGAUCCAAACGCUAUAUACGCCGAUGUUUUGGCUUCGCAAUACGACACAUCCUCAAAUAGCUUGAUUUGCAUUUACUCGGACCGUUCUCUCUUUGUUUGGGACAUGAAUGACAUACACAAUGCCGUCGUUCUGUGGAGUCAUUUGUUUCAUUCUGAUUGUGUCUGGGGAGUAGAGAUGAUACCCAACUCGCACAGCAAGGAAAUUGCUCAACCAUUUCCGCCAGAGACAUUUGUUACCUACUCUGCCGAUGGAUCAAUCAAGUUCUGGAACUUAGACGAUAAUAUAUCUGUGCUAUCACCCUUGUCAAGUCCCAAGGCUAAAGUUCAGACUGCACCUGCGCCCAGCAGGGAGAUUCUCAGUGUUUUGUAUGCGGACGAGAACUGUAGAUCGUGGAUUCAGGCACCAGAGAAUCAAGAUGGCAUGGAGCCUGGAUUCAACAUUGUGCCUUUGGAGUGCGGCAUUCGUACUGUCAAAGUCAGCCCAGAUGGACGAUUUCUUGCCUCCGGCGACAAAGGAGGAAACCUAAGGGUGCACGUUCUUUCAACAUUGGAGCAAAUCACUUAUCAGGAAGCUCAUGAUACGGAGAUUCUAGCAAUCGAUUUCACAGACCCCGUGGACAAGGAGUCGCCGCUAUUAAUCGCCACCGCUGGCCGGGACCGAUUAUUGCAUGUGUUUGAUGCCUUGAAUGAUUAUGCAUUGGUGCAAACACUCGACGAUCAUUCGUCCUCGAUUACAUGUAUCAAAUUCACCGCUAACGGGUCGCGCAUGAUGAGCUGCGGUGCAGACAAGAGCAUCAUCUUCCGUAACUGCCUGAAGAAUCCAGAUAGCAUCGUCUAUCAGCCCUAUCAUCAAGCCCCUGGCCGAGCUACGUUUUAUGAUAUGGGUAUGAAUGAUGCAAGUCAGACCAUAACAGUCGUAGCGGGCGACAGAAGAUUCAAUGUUUUUGCUUUGGAUUCCGGAAAGAACAUCAAAUCUUUUAAGGCCGAGACAAAAGGGGACGAUGUGACAGCAGGGAUGGCGGAGAUCUGCAGUAUGACACACAUCAGCUUAGACCCCACUGGCACCAUUGCUGCAGCCUCGGGCAGUGACAAAUCUAUCAGGAUUUACGAUCUUCUUCAUGGGACCUGUUUGGCUCACACAAUAUGCCAUGCGGAACUGAUAACAAGCGUUAAGUUCACAAGCAAUUUCGACCGCAUCAUUUCCACGAGUGCGGACGGAUGCGUGCUGGUGUGGCGAGUGUCCAAGGACGUUGUCAAGCGGAUACAUACCAGAAUCCAAGAGAACGUGAACCUACCAGGGUACCUCCAGGCAAAGGCAGCAGAAAAACAGGCAACUCUGAACCCCAGUAUGGCAACAUCAAGUCCGAGAACAUUGAGAUUGAAAAAAAAAUCGACUGACAGAGUAGGCACGUAUGGCAGCGAGUACUCUGGGGCUUCUCGCCGGAACUCGACUGCGUCCAUGAUGAGUGAAGACUGCGACAUGCGCUCUGAGGAAAACUUUGACGAUGUUGCGGUACCAAGCAUUUCAAAAGUGGAGGAUACGUCAAAGGAAACUUUUUCACCUAUAACUGUGAACAUACCCGCGACCAGCGCCAGAGCACCCGGUACCCGAGCGAGGGUCACCGGCUCCAUUUCAAAGACUCCCCUCAUACGAUCACGCCAAAAUUCGCUAUCCCAGCCAAGUGCACCAAAGCCGCCAACGUCGUCUACUCGGUCAGGGGUGCAGCAGGACCCGCCACGAUGGAACAGGAGUGUUGCCAAGGAUAGGGUUGCCUCGUCCCCUUCUGCAAUCAAGCCAUCUAGGUCAAGCUCACCGGGACCACGCACCACAAAAACUGCGGUCAGCAGCAAGUGGCUCUCGCCCAAUGCCUCGAGACCUAGAGCGACUUCGCUGACAGCCCCGAAUGAGGCGGUCCUGAAGUUGGAUGAUGCGAAAUCAAAGGGCUUGCAAAGGCAAAGGCAGUCGUUGAGCGAUUACAGUCAUGAUGAUCCGCCACCUGCGGCAGGACACAGGAAUGAUGAUGACCUCAGUGACGAAACGGAGCAUGGGUCCGAUGCUGGGUCGCUAUUGGCUCACCAACCUGCCGAUGCUGCCGCCGAUACCCCCACCGAUACCCCCACCGAUACCCCUACCAAUAUCCCCGAGACAAUGGACAGGACGAGCACUACUCCCACGCGACGCAAACCUCUUGCUAUUACGAUCAAAUCCCAUGUGCUGCCACAUAAAAAGGAACAUGCUGUGUUAUCUCGAUCGAACGAGUCAGACCAGGCUGGAAGCGAGACUGGCGGAUCGGACGAGAGGGAUGGGGAUGAUGAACAGGCAGAUGGAGAGGAGAGUAUCAGCGAAGCAGGAAGUGACAACGAUGUACUAUCGCCGCUUCAACGACGCAAUAUUGGCCCGGGAGUCAUCAACGAUUUCAUAGACGCAAAUGGCGAGAUUGUUGCGUUCGAAGACGGCGAGCGACUGAUUGGUUCGCCAGGAUCUGAGAGGAACUACAACGUAACUUCUCCUGGCGGCCGUGUGAUAAGUAUACGGCCCCUUGUUGAACGACGGAGUCUGAGUUCGAGGUUCUUGGCGGCACAUGCUGCCGCACUCAUGAUGGGGCUGGUGCAGGGGCAGGGGCAGGACAGUCCUUCGCGUGCGGAAGAUGACCGGCAGGACUCGGGACUUGAUGCUGGACAAGAUGGUCCUUCCAAUACGGCGGAGAAUAUGACAGCUGAGAGACCUGAUCCUCAUGAGAAACCACUAGAGGAGCGCCUCAAUCUUCAGUCUCUUAAUGCAGCCGCAAUGAAAUGGAAGCAACGUGGGCUGAAGGCUUUGUCGAAGGAAACCAAUCGAGAGGAUUCUGCAGGACAGCAGCUCAACCCUGAACAAGAGGGUGGCGAUACCUCGAUGGGAUCAUCAAAGUCCGAUGACUAUUUCCAGGAGGUGGAGCGAACUAGGAAGCGGCUCGCUGAACUAGGGUAUCUCACCAUCCCUGGUGGCAGUAAAAACGUACAAUCCUCGUUCGAGACCUCUGCUUUAUCUGAGACGAUUUUAUCAAGCGCCACUGCAGAGUCGGACCUGAAGGCACGAUCCUCUGUAGACAGUGACCGGGAGACAGAACUGCCCGCUACGUCCCCUGUCGUCGGAACCGAUCCACCAGCUCAAUUGCAGACUCCUCAUGUACUGGCCUCGCCGGUGAUUAUGAAUAGUCCUGAGGAGGAGAGAAAGAUGGCUCCUGGCGGUAUGACAUUAUCGUUCAAUCAAAUACUGGAUAUGCAAGUGGAGGAUCGCAAGACACCCGAGCAAGAAUCGAAUCUUGAUGCGACAGAUAACAAUACCAAGAUACAGACAAGCCAUACGGACGGCGAACAGAGUCUUCGGGACGCCUUCCGGAAAAUCUCUUUCCUGAUCUCGCAUCAGGCCACGAUGGCGACUCAACCCCAGGCACAGAGCAAGGAUGACCGCGUGGAACGUAUCCGCGAGACGAAAAAGUGGAUGAUGGAGACACGAGAGGGCCUGCUUAACCUCGUGGGCGAGGUGCAGGGCCAAUUGUGGGCUCUGGAAAAGAGCCAACAGGAUGCAUAGCUCCCUGGGGAUGCUGUACACAUCGCACAUUGCUCGUUUGUUAGAUAGAGGAAAGAUUCAUGGCGCCUUUAAAUAUAAUUUGCGAUCGGUUAUGAAUGAGUUUGUGCUUGACGCCUUGACCGCAGUCGGUGCCUUCCAGCCUGAAGGACACUCAUGAGACUGAGAAUGAACCUUGAUUGG